AUGACGGACGCCGUGAAAUCUUUCGUUGGCACGUACACACUGAGCAAGUUCAACGGAAAGGAUCCCGAGCAGGGCGAAGCGAAGAUCCCAUCGUUGAAACUUGAGAUGGAUGGAGACAAGCUGAAGGUUCACGCGAAAGUGGCCAAUGCGAUGAACGGUGACCUUAAGUAUGAAAACGGCAAACUUUCUGGAAUGCUGAUGUCGACAAGGAUGAUGGGACCGCCCUUCCUUAUGGAUGUGGAGCGUGCCCUUGCCGCAGGUUUUCAAGCGGGGAUGUCUGUGUCACGCGAAGGGGACGCUUUGAUCCUCUGCCACGACAAGGAUACCCUGCACUUCGUUGUUGACAGGAGUGCAUAG